AAACAAAAACUUCAACAAAUUGCACCAAACAACUCUUUGUUUGAAAGAAAGAAGAGUAUUGAUCCUAAGCUCAGAAACUGGCAAGAUAUCAAAGUUCUUUACAUUGAAGCUCAAUGAGCAACAAUAAGAGAUUGGGGUGGUUAAGGAAGAAUGGUGAACGGAUGUUGGAAGGUGACCGGCGGAGUGAGAGGGGCUCUGAAUCGGAAUAUUCCACAAGGCAAACCUGUGAUAUACAAAUCACGAAUGUGUUAAUGCCGAGAUUUGCGGUGAGGAAUUUGAAAGCAUUGAGGAUAUGCAGUCAAGGAAGGAAAGAAGGACAAACUUUCAGGCCUGAUGCUGAAAAUGUAGGACAGCUAGAUUCGACCCGAGAGAUGGAUAAAAGGGAUUUGAUGGCCAGAACGAAGCAACGGCAAGGAAAAAGAGAGAUGGCUCAAAAGGAUGCAAAGGAGAAGGUGAAGUGGGUUGGUCGUGCUUCUCUUUCAGAUGGAUGUAAUGUGCACAGAAACCAGGUAAUUCAAAAAGAACUGAAUUUGCAUGAGGUGAGGAAGAUGAUUAGAGUUGGGAAAAGGUUGGGUAUUGAAAUCCAAGGCAAUGAAAAGGAGGUUGAGUCUAGAUUGGGGCUGGGAGGACUAUUGAAGAAGAAAGAAGUGGGGAAACUAGUAAAAGUAGAAAGGCUAGAUUUCUUGUUCUUGCAGGAGACUAUAUUAGAGGAGGUUGAUGGUGAUUUAUGUAGAAUGUUGUGGAAUUCGGAAGGGUGGUUUAGGGAUGCCGGAUUUGCGUAGGAGGAAUUGGGCAUUACUUGGGAAGUGGUGGGUUAGAUUGGGUGAUGGAGUGGAGAGUUUAUGGAAACAAGUGGUAUGGAAAAAUAUUAUGGAGGUAUGAAGGAGGUGGAUAUUACUGCACAAGAAAGUGUAAGAGUGUCUAAGAUUUGGAGUGAUAUUAUUAGAAUAGGAAGGAUGUCAGUGGGUUCAAGAAAUAUGGUGGUGAAGGGUUUUAGAUGGGAGCUAGGAGAUGGCAAUCGAGUGGGGUUCUAGAGAGAGAUAUGGGUUAGAGAUAGGUCGUGAAGGGAUUUAUGUCCUUGACCACAUGAGUUGGCUGUCAAUAAGGAGGGUCUGGUUAAUGAGAUGGGCGAAUGGGAAAAAGAUAGGUGGCGAUGGAAUAUGGAGUGGAGAAAAAAAAGCUUAGGAAGAGUGAGGAAUGAAGAAAAGGUCUUCCGAGAGAUGCUUGGUCAUGUACAAUUAAAGAGAGGAAAGGAGGAUCGCUGGUGGUGGGUACAUGGCUCGGAAGGACGAUAUGUGGUGAAGAAAGCUUAUGAGAUUUUGGCUCCUAUGAAGUGCCUUCUUGCGGAUCAGUUUUGUAAGAUGAUUUGGCGUAGGUUAGUUCCUUCAAAAGUGGGUUUUUUUGGGUGGAGGUUGUGUCUUGAUAGACUCCCAACAAAGGCAAACUUACAAAAAAGAGGUGUGGUGUUGCAAGGGCAAGCUAAAUGUGUGGUUUGUGUAAUGGGGUGAUGGACGAGGCUAAUCAUCUAUUUUGUACAUGCAAGGAAGCUUGGUUAGUUUGGGUACAGGUGCUGCAUUGGUGGGGUAUUGAAGCUGUGUUAUCAAAUAUAGUAGGAGUUGCAAAGUUUUUUCUGUAUGGUUUGGGUAGGAUAGUAGGGAAGGAAAUGGAAGCGUGCGUUUUCCUUGUUGUUUCUUGGUAUAUUUGGUAUUGUAGGAAUAUUAGAAUCUUUAAGAAUAUUGAGACUUUUAGGGAAAGGGUGGUAAAUAUGGUGCA